UAUCUAUACAUCAUGGGAAAGUCAGACAGAAGCAAAAGAAAGCUUGAGGCCGAGGCUGAGGCCGGGAAAAACAUCAAGAGCAUCAAGAAGCAGCUUGCAACCGGUGACUCGAGCGAUCUGGAUGUCGCAGCCAAUGCAGACCAAUACUCUACCGGCGCCAGACCCGAAUUAGCAUCGUCCUUCUCCCACAUCACCCGUUAUAACUCCACUGCAAAGUUAGCAAUGGACCUUGAAGACGCCAGCACAAAUCCUUUUACUGGAAGAAAGUUCACUGACCAGUAUUUUGCGAUUCUUAAAACCAGAAGAAACUUACCUGUUCAUCAACAGCGAGAUGAGUUCCUCAAGGUGUUUCAAGCGAACCAAAUUAUGGUGUUUGUUGGUGAAACUGGUUCGGGUAAAACCACCCAAAUUCCUCAGUUUGUGUUGUUUGAUGAUUUACCCCAGUUGAGAGGAACCCAAGUGGCAUGUACCCAACCCAGAAGAGUUGC